AUGAUAAGAGGAUUUAACAUAUUUAUAGAAGCUCAAGGAGGAAACUACAUCAGUUAAUCGAUACUAACCAUGAAGGUAACAGUUUUAAUUGUAUGCCUUUUCUCUACGAGUUUGGCAGAUGAUCCAAUCAACACCCGGUACUUCCCCAAAGAUUUCAAAUUCGGUGUGGCAAACGCAGCCACCCAGAUCGAAGGAGGCUGGAACGAGGAUGGCAAGGGAGAAACCAUCUGGGACUACUGGGCUCAUAAUUACCCAGAGAAAAUUGCCGACCGCUCCACUCCGGAUAUCGCUUGCGACUCCUACCACAAAUACAAAGAAGACGUAGCUCUGGUAAAAGCCAUGGGGUUGGACUACUAUCGUCUCUCAAUUGCUUGGUCGAGGAUCUUACCAACCGGCCACCCCGACAAGAUAAACCAAGCUGGUGUGCGAUACUACAAGAAUCUAUUCGCGGAACUGAAAGAAGCCGAGGUGGAGCCUAUGGUAACGCUUUACCACUGGGAUUUGCCGCAGCCUCUCCAAGAUGAAUAUGGUGGCUGGCUAAACGAAACAGUGGUGAACCUCUUCGCGGAAUACGCGAAGAUCUGCUUCGAACUUUUCCAGGAUGAUGUGAAGAUGUGGAUUACCAUCAAUGAACCGAAACAGGUGUGCCAUGACGGGUAUGGUACCGGUGGUGCUGCACCUGGAGUGGUUUCGAACGGUGUGGGAGAAUAUGUGUGUGCUAAGAAUAUUCUUUUGGCUCAUGCUAAAGCGUAUCAUGUAUAUGAUGAUGAAUUUAGAGCAAAAAAUCAAGGAAGAAUAGCUAUGGUCAUUGACACUACGUGGUAUGAACCAGGAAGUGACAGUGAAGAAGAUCAGGAAGCCUCAGAAAGAAUUGUUCAAUUCAUGUUAGGACUGUAUGGGAAUCCCAUCUUCAAUGGCAACUGGCCCCAGGUGGUGAUAAACCGUGUAGCCCUGCGUAGCGAACAAGAGGGCUUUGCAACGUCUAGACUUCCUGUGUUAACAGAUGAGGAAAUCGCUUACAUCAAGGGCACCUAUGACUAUUUGGCCUUGAACCACUAUUCUACUUACAUGGUGAACGCGACUGCAGAACCAGCAAUUGGAGAUCCCAAUUUUGGAACAGAUACUAAUGUUGUAGCCUGGAGGCCGCCAGAUUGGCCCAGUGGUUCUGGGAGCUGGAUUGCUAUCGUGCCUUGGGGACUGAGACACUUACUUGUGUGGCUAAAGAAAACUUACGGCAACCAAGAGAUCGUCAUCACUGAAAACGGCCUUUCUGACAAUACAGGUACACUGGAGGAUGAUGACAGAAUUUCAUAUUACCAGGGCUAUCUAAGUGCAUGCUUGGACGCCAUCUAUGAGGAUGGCGUAAAUUUAACCACUUACACUGCUUGGAGCAUUAUAGACGACUGGGAAUGGGGAGCUGGUUAUACAUCUUUCUUGGGCAUGUAUCGCGUGAAUUUUACCGACCCUGAAAGAACCAGAACUCCAAGAAAAUCUGCAGCUUGGUUCACCAACAUGGUCAAGACUAGAUGUUUGGUAGACACUUGUACCGAAUAAAAUGUAUGAAAUGACGAUGAAAUGCUGAUGAACAUACAUUUUGACUACAAUUUAUUAAAAAAUCAUUAUCAAGUCAAUGCUGUUUUAAAUACAAAAUAAAGAGUACAUUACAAAUG